UGGUGACACGGGUGUUGCAAUGUGUGGUGUUCCUGAGCCUCACAUGGAGGUCUCUGGCCGUGAUGUCCCCAGGACCUGACGUUGACCCCGCAGGAAGUGAGAACCGGGUAGACCACUGCCUCAAGGAUGGUCCUGUAUUACCUUGUCUCAACGCUGGCGCUCUAGAGUACCUGGAGGAGGCCAACCAGCGUGGGGGCCUGGAGGUGGUAGAGGGUCUUCAGCUAGUGCAGGACGUCGGCCAGGCAGCCAGAACAAUAGUUCCUAUAGAUCACGACCCCAAUGACUUCCGUUCCUUGUGGGACGCGACGGCGAUGUUCCUGGAGCGACGGUCACUACGCUGGGAUCUCGGACUGGUGUACCCAGGACUGACCCUCCGUGUGGGACCUACCCUCACCGGGCACGGCAUCCUAGAGUUCCUACUGGACCGCCACAAACAUGUAGAUGACCGUACUCUGGGCACAGGUAGGCUUAUCUUGAAGAAAACGUUGCUGCCCAUUCUCCUGGGCAUCAAGCUGAAUGUGGUGACGCUGGUGCCUAUAGUGUUCGGAAUCCUGAUUCUGCUGAUCAAGAAGGCUCUGUUCAUCAGCAAGGCUGCGUUGCUACUGUCUAGCGUGUUGGGCUUCAACAACCUACACCAGCAUCAGCACCUAGGGGCGGGUCUGGGUAGCUACGCCGGGGCCACGGGGGGCUACGGCCUUCAUCAGGGCCUCUCUGUAGCCUCUGGGCAUCACUUCGGUAGUCUUGACGCUCUCGAGGACGCGCUGUACAAAACACAACGCAAAUAUCGCCAAGACGUGCCUUUCGUUAGCACGGGCUCCAGGGACUUCUCUUGGUCUGAGAGGGACAAGAAAAAGUCCAUGUGAAAAUAAACACAUAUGAAAUCUAAGAAACUUAAAUAAAACUUCCUUUUUGCUUAAUUAACUAUCCGAAACAUAAU